AAAAUUUUGAAAUUGUAUUGCACGUUAUUGUUUACCUUAAUACACACAUCCUAUUUAUUUUUUAAAAUAUACGGAAGAAAUAGUUUAUUCGAGAUUUUUGAUAAUGCGCAUAGAUUAUUAUGAGCGAAAAAUUCAUUUCCUCAAUACAAAUAGAAAAAUUAGGACACAAAAUCCAAGAAAUAAGAGAAAGAGCAUUAUUAAACAUCAUUUCAAAGCUAGAUAGUGGUGCUUUAUUUGAUAAUGACUUGGCCCGGAGUAAAGAAUUGCUCAACAAACUGUUUAAGUGGUUUUUAUUUGAACCAUGCUCGCAAGAAGAAGCUGUGUUUACUUUGCUCGAAAGGAUAAUAAAGGAUGGUUGUAAUACAUUUUUGAUGUAAGAAGAUAAAAUCUGUCUCUAGAGAUGGCAUUUUCAAAAGCCUCAUUUCCAAGUGAUUUGUUAGAUGACCAAUAAAUAAUUAGCCUAAGAUGGUACUUUAUUGUAUGCCAUGACAAAAUAACUAAUUACCAACAUCAUUUCGUGAUAAUCGUCUGGUAGUGGAAAAGUUUUGUUGAAUCACUGUGGCAAACAGACACUGGAAAAGGAAAUUGACCAGCUACAGACAUAUAUUGAGCCUAAGUAUUAUCAUUAUUUAGAAAAAUUGAGGAAAAUCAUCACUAAAGAGCAACAACUCGAUGUACCUCCACUUGAAACAAACAUUCCUUUAAGUUAUAGAAGUGAUACAAGCAGCAACUUAUUCACUCCAAAUGUCGAAACUACUGCUACCCCUAUGGAGGGGGCUAUUCAUAAAGGAUCGUCUGUUGAACAGCAAACUGGUGCUGAACAUUCUAUGGAUAACGAUUCAGAUGCUCUACCUACCACAACAGUUAGGACAUAUAGAGUGGAAAAUGACAACCACUUUGAACUAUAUUCGCCUGUGAACUGCCUACCAAACUAUUACUUCAAAUGGCAACCCCUAGUAGACUCUGAUAGGCAUGUUCUAGACUGUGUAACAACGUCAUUGACUGAUCCGCCACAACCUGCAACACUGCUGCAUACCUGUGAAUUUUUUACGAACGUUUUGAUACACGAUUUUCCUGCAGAAAUAUUCUUACAGCGCUCAGACAUCGUUUCGGCAUUCUAUUCCCUGGCGAAUUGUGGCUCUAAGCGUGUAACGUAUGCGGUCUUGAGAUGUCUUAAUGAACUCACAAGAAGCCUCAGAGUAAGGCUGUAUCAUUGUAAUGACGUUUCCAUGCAAAGUCUCAAGUUAGAGCAAUUAUACGAGGCCGGUUCUGCACCUCACACUUCCACUUCCAGCGUGAAUACAGACUUCUCAAAUCGGCGGGAUAAGUUUGAGUCAUUGGACGAAAUUAAUGCUUUGCAGAAAAAACAACUUUCAACCCCAGAGUUUUGUUUCAACACCAUAAGAGUUAUUUUCGAUCUCUUGUGCAUUAAGCAUACAUCUUUGGACGAUGAAAAAAUCAACGUGAGCCAGAAUAUAGUGAAUAUGUCGAUAAAUCUCCUUGAAGAGGUAUUAGAAUUAAUUUUUAUCAUAAUCAGGGUAAACAUUUGGGACCAAACACAAACUGAAAUGACGCGGUCGGUAUUGAGAUGUCUGAACGAUAUUUUUAGUAAAUAUGGGGAAGCACUGGAAUACUUUAGGUUAGAAUCAGCUACGUGCGAAACGAACUUGAAAUAUAGAAGUAUUUACCUAUAUUUAGUUCAUCAUGCUACACGACUUGUAGAGAAAUUAGUGCCGAAACCAAAGAUUGCCUUAGUCCUACCGAGAGUGCUCAAACUAGCACUGUCGAAUUGCUUAUUGGAUGUAACAUUUGCCAGGCUCUAUCCCGAGGUCCACGUUCUGAUACUUAGCUAUGUGGAGUGUUUUACGGGUGAGUGUGAGGCACUGUAUCUAAAGAAAUACAAAGAUGUCAAAAGGAUUUGUGAAGGCAUGACAAGCACUGUGCAAUUUUUGAAACAUCAUAAAGAUUCCAAUGUCUGUAAUAACAUCAAGUUAGCUCUUGAGUCCAUACCUAGCUUGGAGUUUCAUAAAGAUAUGGAUUUUAUUAAAGGAUUUAUAGAUUUCUGCGCAAACAACAUUUUUCUGGCUGAGGAUCCUGUAAAAUUGUCCAUGGUUGAAGAAGCAGUAUUAAGUCUGUUGUCUCACCAUAUGCAAGAAAUCAGAGAAGAAACGUACAAGACGUGCCAUAGAAAAGUUGUUACAACCGUUGGUCCAAAACUUAGUAUGUCUAUUGAUGGUGAACCAGGAUCACAAAUUUUGUUUUUGUUAACGUCAAAAAUUCUGACGGAAAUUGCGGCAUUUGGUAUGAAUGAAGAAAAGCCAGAGAUACAGCAGUAUUCAGAAGACAUUAUAUCCUACAUACUCAAAUGCAAGAUUCUUGUAUCGGACACCGUAUGGAACCGGGUCAUUCAAGCGCUGAUACCAUCCCUACCAGUAAUCGCCUGUCAUUGCAAGAGAAUCACCAUGCUGGGCAAAACCUUCCUCAAUAUUACCGACCCCGAUACAGCGAAAGCCUUGUUCCUUCCUCAACUGUCCAUACUGAAGAGCAACCUGCAGUUACUGUUCUCUGAAGAUGCGUACUUGCGUGACGAGGGGUUCUCUAGGAUAUGCUGGUUGCUGUCAUCGCAAGAGAACGCCAGAGCGCUGUUGCCGAAGUUUUCUAGUUUGUACGAUCCGUCCUUGGCGAAUAUAUGCAGGUUGAAGAGGAUCAUUGAUGUGAAUAAGUUGAGGAGGAGUGAGCAUUUUUAUCAGCCCAGCAGCCUACAACAAGUCAUGGACGUAUUGAGUUCUUCAAACAUAGAACCUGUGAUCAGACGAUCAGCAUUGAACCAAGUAAGCGUGAUGCUAGAAGAUCCGUUACUCCAUCAAAUUUUCCUGAACUCAAAUGGUCUCGAGAUUAUUAUUGAAAUUAUGAAGACAGCUCUGACAGACAACGACUACAGGGAUUAUCCCGACUCUAUCAUACCUAUCAUAUCAGUGCUGAAGAAUUUGUGUUUGUAUCAUGAAAGUGUUAGAGAAGAAAUUGGCAACAAUAUAGAUGUAUUUUAUUGUGUUUUGAGAGGGCUAUUUCUAUUUUUCACAGAAGAUAGAUUGAAGCAAGACGCAGUUUCAUUACUAUUUAUCAUGAUUUUCAAACAUUUUCUCAGGGGAAGUCCUUCAAAUGGAGAUUUUUCAUUCCCUAGCUUUAUCACUGAAAAGUUGAUGAUACCUUUUCAAUGUGCUGUCCAUUGGAAAGAGAGUCCAUAUACAAAAGAAAAUUUAAGAGAUCUGGUUAUGAACGAUAGAUGGUGUUUGAGCUGUGUCAGGGUACAAUGGAAUUGUGAAGUAUUUGGAGGUUUUCAAGAGCUUGUGAAAUGGGAAUCUGUCAACUAUGAUGACCAUUCAUUAUAUAAUAUUGAAGAAGAUCUCAAACUAAAUAACUAUGAACUGAAAACUAUCAAACUGUCUUCUAUUGACUAUUGUAUCAAAUUUUAUUUGAACACCAUUCAAAAUGGCACUUCGCAUUCUGUUGUUUUAGAAUCAGUGGAAAACCUUACCUUAUAUGUGAUGCUCUACAAGUUAACAACAAUGCUCCAUAAGGAUAUGAAUCAUGACAGUUUUUUAUCACACCCAUGGGAAAUGUCAUUUGUCAGGUUUAUAAAGGCGUUGCCUUCAUGUGUAGAGGAUGCAGUUCUCUUGAAAAAUAUAACAAAUUUUUUUGCUUUAUUGGUCCCCAUUUAUAAUGCUGCAGGUAAGUCAGUAUCUGUCUCUGUUAUGUUAUUUAUAAAUUCGCCAUACUUUCAUAUUCUUUCAGGAAAGCAUUGCUGGAUUGUAUCAUUUUUAAAAGAUCCUAGCCAGUGCUUGUUAGACUUAUUGAUUGUCGAUAGCAAUACUGAAGAAGAGACUAAAACUGUAGGGCAAGAAAUGCUAAAACUCAUUACAGUUUGUACUAUACAAGAACAGCACUAUCUGGACUAUUAUACACCCGAUAAUGGGAUGGUGACUGAAACAAAAAUGUGGACGCAUGUAAUCAAGACCAUCGUUGGGAAUCUGAAGUUCAGUGAUGCACAACAUUUUUAUAAUCUAGCAUACUUGGACUCAUUGCUCUCUUGUUUGGUCCACCUGACUGCCAAUCUUGGUUGGAGCGAAAGUAAACCUAAUACACCUGUCAAACCGCCGAUACCAGAUCUGGUAGCUAGUUUGUGUGAUUUGGUGAACGCCUUUCACACCGGAAAAGGACCAUCUGCGGCAGUAUCUGUGAUGGGGUUGAGCAUCACCAGAAACGUUGUGCUUGUCUUGAACCACUUAGUGGCGGAAAUGUUGAAUGGAAAGGCCAAAGGGUGGGAAUUGUGCUUCCUGAACGAUGUAGAUUCAGGCUCCAUCUUGAGAAACUUAGUGGCAUUAUGGGCCAGUAGAGACGUAGUGCUCAGAGCGGCUGCAUUGCAGUUAUUUGCUAGCUUAGCCACGUCGCCAAGAGCUGUCAUCGAAAUAGUAAAUGAGGUGAAACUAGGAGCUGUAUUCGAAAUACUGAUAAACCAUAUUGAAGCAAGUAUUGUUAGAGAAAAUGCUGCACAAUUUGUAGCUAAUCUUAUUAGUCAUUCAGCACCUUUGAUUAAUGAAAGGGCGUCGUCAGUAAGCCUAAUCUCAUUGAAAAAGAGCUUUACCAUGGACUUCUUCAAUACUAUGGACGAAUUCAACUUGUACAGCAAUCUGGAUAUUGUACUAAGCAAUUUAUAUACUUUAACUUUUAUAGAAAACUGUCGGAAAUCCAACAAAUCUGAAGCUUGGUCUUAUAUGAGACGGUUGUCAGGCUCAGAAUGCUCGUGGGAAUCAUCGAGUAGUCGUAGUGGUAAAGAAAUAGUUACAACUCCAGCACUUUUAAAAGCCUUCGGAUGUAUACUUUUGAAUAUGUUGAGUCUAAACUCUGAAUAUGUCAGCUCGAAACUGCAGGAACACGGUCUAGUGAAGUUACUGUUCAGAGCAUUAUGUAACCCGACUAUGUCGAUCUCCAACACAAGGGCAUUAUCGUUAUAUUGUGAUAUUUUAGAAAUGAACACAAUAGUGUGUUCUGUUCUCUCAAGGUUAUCGUCUUACAAUCCAGCAAGCUUAGGAACCAUUUUGCACACCAAGGACUGCUUCAACUGUCUGCUUUCUUUACUAGACUCCAGAAUAUACAGUAACGAUUUUCCUCAGCUAAUUUAUCUCAGAAACAAACUAUGGACAAACAUUUUCAAUUUAAUUUCGACGCUUGUGGUCUACAGCGGUGACAUGGAUGGAAACUUGACUAACCGGUCGCUUGAGGCGGCCUCGAUAUUUUCCGAUACUAUUUUGGAGCUUGGUAAUCGGCCUUUUUUCGAGGCUAUAUGUGAAUCCUUAAGCUGCUUGGGUUCAAAUGAAUUACAAAACUCGGCGCUAACAUCUCUCACCUGCCUCUUACGUGUAGAAACGUACCGAGCUUUCCAGAACUUAGAAGUAGACAGUCCCCUUUUCAGAACAACAUCAAUGCAAAGCUUACUCGAUUCAGUCAGAACCACCAAAACUGUAGUCAUCACUGAAACCAAUAAGGAAAAUAUCAAACCUAAAAAGCCCUCAAAAAGGUUUAUUGAGAAUCAGAAAAUCGAUCUCUUGGAAGAAUUGUAUUUCGACAAGAUGUUCAAAAGGAGAGAUGAUUCUUCAGAAACUGAAAUCGAUAUUGUAGAAAGUCAAGGAGAAGGUGAUGUUUGCGGCGGUGAAAUAUGCAAGAUUCUGUUAUAUCUCUAUGAUAUUUGCGAUCUAAAAAGCGAGGAAGGACCAGAUUAUAACAAGAAAAGAUCUCUAGUGAAUGGAGCAUUGUCCAGUCUUUUGUGCGUCUCACGAGAAGCUAAGAAGAUAGCUUUGGAAAAAGGUCUGGUACUCCUAGCAAUCAAACAAUUGAGAGAGCGCCACAUGAAGCUUAGCUUAGAAUCUGUGGAUAGCCUGAGAAGGCUGUCAGAUAAGAAAAGGGUGUGUCCAAUGCUAAAGGAAGUGCAUGAUCUAGUUGGGCUGUUGACAAAUUUCAUGUUGAACGAUGAACACGUGAAGAUGGAAGCGGCAACUUUGAACUUGGCUGACGUAGUGCAUAAGCUGUGGGUUUGGUUUCUAGCGCAGAGUGUGUAUCUCGCGGAUGUCAUGAAGAUGCUAUGUAUUUACACCACAGACUGCAAUUUAGCCUGUCAGACACUUCCGCUGACCAGUCCAGUAGCUGGAUCAGGACCAAGGAAAUCACCAAGCAACGUGUCUUUACUUCAUGCUGUAAUUAACCUGAUAAACAAACAGAUGGACCUCAUCAGCAAAACACAUGAGUUGACAGUACUAGAAGCAUCCUUUAACCUUCUUAUCAACUGCUGUGAGUCAUUGGAAUGUAGGGUACUAAUGUCCAAGAGUAACUUGUUACAAAGCAUGUCUAGACUACAUCCAGCAAUUACAAAACGUCAGAAACCCUGGGACGACACAGAACUUCUUUGGCUGAGAUUUUUGCUGAUUUAUACAGGUUAUCCGGAAGGGCAAGCAUCUGUGGCAAAAGUUUCUGAUAUUUUAGAACUGGUUAUGGUAUUUACUUCAGGUUCCAGAUUACCGAAUAAGAAAUUGGCCUUGUCCGUGUUGAGGAAUCUGGCGUUCCAUCAACCAAAUAGACCAAGACUGCUAAGUUCAGGUGACUUUCUGAAUAUUCUUGAUACCAAACUAACCAGCGGAUCUUGGGAAGAAAAGAAUAUCGUCGUAGUGAUAAUGUGGGCGUUAAUAGCGAAUAACCAAAAGGCCAAAAUAACCAUCAAGUCAGCUGGAUUGGAUGUGAAACUUCAGAAUAUCGUCAAGCAAGCCCAAGUAUUCAAUAAAGACACAUUGAUCACCCAGGAAGACUUGGACAGGAUGUAUUAUGUACUGAGUAUAUUGAAAGAGAAAGAUUAUGAUAAAGUUAGGUGAUAUUUAGAGUCAUUUUUUAGUGAUUUGGAUUCAAUUUUAG